AAUGUUCCAAUUAGCCAUACUCAAGGACACGAUGGCGAUCCAGCCAAACAACUUCGGUGCACCCGCAGACGAAGCCCUCAUCGCAGAGAUCAACAAGAAAUACGCCAAUCGCGUGCUGCACGACGUCGGGUUGUGUAUCGCGGUCUUCGACCUCUCGCAGGCGGGCGAGGGGAAGGUGAGGUAUGGCGAUGGGUGUUUGUGGUACAAAGUUGUGUUUAGAUUGGUCGUGUUUCGACCGUUUACGAGUGAGGUCAUACUCGCGAAGGUGAAGUCGUCAGACGAAGAUGGGAUCCGGGUCACAACAGGGUUCUUCGACGACCUCUACAUCCCCGUUGCAUACCUACCCCAACCAUCCGCGUGCGACCCAAACGAACGCGCCCAUUUCUGGAUCCCCGACUCGCCUCUGACCACCUCCACCGAGCUGCUCGACACGCCCGUCGCCUCGCGGACGUACAUCGAUGCCGGCGAGGUCCUGCGCGUGCGCGUCGAGUCAGACGAGUUCUGCGACGACGAGCCGGGCCCGCCGCGUGCCCACGAGGGCGUGGUCAGGGAGAGGGAGAGACGGAGGCCUGCGUACGUCGUUUGGUGCUCGAUCGCGGAACAAGGACUCGGGCCCGUCGCGUGGUGGACUGGGGAGGGAGAGGAAGAGGCGGGCGAUGGGGUUGGGGACGAGAUGGACCAAGGCUG